UCUGCAAAUAAUUGUAAGCACAAACGGGCAUUGUCUCAUGUUACUCGUGAGAGUCUAACCUCCCCCAGUGAUAUGUUUUGUUGUUACACGUGUUCUUUCUUGCUAAACUGCAUAAGUAUACUUGUUCAUUAGUAUCUUUUUGUCUUAUUUAUUUCCUAAGAUAUUCAACUCGGCGCCUAUAUGCGCCCAUAAACGAAAUGCGUCAAGUUGAAAAUCAUUUAACAUGUUCUAUGCCAGACCAUUUACGUGACUUUCAAUUCACGUCGCAUAUAGCGGAAACAGUUCACAAUGAACUGAAUAAAUGUGUUAUAUAAUUAUUUGAUUUUUGUGAAUUGGAAAGUUAUCAUAAAAGUGAAUAUUCAAAUUGUAAAAUGCACAAUAGAACAAAAUAAAUUUAUCGCAAAACUAAAAAAAUUGAAGAAUAACAAGCAAGAUAAGAGUAGAAUAAGAUAGAACACAUUGAAGAAAUUAUAGGUUAUUAUGAAAAAAACAUAACCUUUUGAACAUUUUAUAAUCGAAUGGUACGAUAUAUUUUAUUGAAAUAAUCUAUAUCUAUAGGUAUAGUUCCGUAGGAAUCCUCGCAAAAUGUUACACAUUUUGUUUUACAUUUUCGGUGCUUAAAUUUGUAACAUUUAGUCUGUUCUUUUUAGCCGAAUUGGCUGCGCUAAUUCAAGAAAUUAAUAUAUACUGAAGAAUGAGAAUGCAGAAAGCAUGAGCAUCUCACAUAUGUUUCAAUGAAAAGGACUUGGAAAAAAUGAGGAUGGCAUUACAAAACCCAUAAAAGCCAUGAUAAAAUCUGAUUGCGCAGGUUUUGGAUAUAAAGAAAAAUCGGAGAGAUCUUGGGAAGAAAUAUACAAUAGCGCCGUUAAAAACAUACAGGUCGAAUCAUGUGAGGGUGAGAUCUCUUUGAAUGUAAUCGAUGACGAAUGGAGUCUUGAUUAUAUUGGAAUUCCCAAGUUGAAGAAGAAGAAGAAGAAGAAGAAACUCGGAAUGCAAUUGGAAUAUGACAAUUUUCAGAAAUCCUCUAUCCUUUAUAAUGGUUGCUUAAUGCAAAAUGAUUCUGCGACGUCAGAAGAAGAAGAAGGAAGAAAAACAGCACAAGAUCCUGUAAAUUCAUCUUUCGCUAAAGAUCCUUACAUGUUAACUGAAAACUCGAUACUACGCGCUAUAACAACAAAAUCGCUUUGUACGGCAAAAUUAGAGAGAAUUGCGUUGCAAGAUCAGUCAUUAGAUCAGUUGUUAGACUUAACGAGAGAGUCAUGUAAGAACAACCCGCAGCCUAUCUCUUUGCCAGAAAUUUACCGAUUCGCUAGCUUAAAUCUCAUGCCGACCUGGAUGGCAUGCAAUCCACUUAAAAAGGAAGAGGAUAAAGAUAAAACAAAUAACAAUAUAAUAACGUUUCAAUCUCCACAACAAAUUGUUACCGUCAAAUCCAAAUCUAGGGCCAAAAAAUAUCGAAAGAAGAUGAACAAUUUGGUAGAUCAGUUAAGUGCUUGUAGCAUAAAGGAAAUUGACAAAGAAUCCAAGUGUGACUCUUUGCGAAAAGUGAAGAAAUGCAAUCGGAAGAAAGGGAGUUUCAAGAUCAAAUGUAAGCCUGAAUGUUUACAAUUAAUGAAGAAACACAACGUACAAUCAUGCACAACGAAAGAAGACAACGCAAAUGUACAGACUCGAAGUCAACAUAAAAAGGAAUAUAAGCCAGUUCAACCAAUACAGAUCGAGAAGGAUGGUGGUACAGUUUUGUCGAGAGAAAAAUUCUGUGGAAUUGAUUUGCUAUAUGAUUUGCCACUUGCGCCAAUUGAGAAACAGUCCCUCACUUUGUCGAAGCGACGAAGCAGUCCUGUUUCACUUUGUCGAAGCGAAUCAUCAAAGGAUGGAGAUAUUGAUAAUAUUCCAUCCACAGACAUUAAAAAUAACAUUAAAAAUAUCGUAUACUUAAAGAAAUGUCUAAAAAAACAGAAAAGUAGGAGACGUCGACGUCCGAGAAUAUGGGAAGUAAUCAACAAUAUUGCAAAUAAAUCAGAUACGAGUAUAGACACUGUGGCAAAAGCCCUAACAAAAAUUAAUCUCUCGGAAGAUGUAAGUACAGCAAUUAAAAAGAAGCCUACUCAAACUCAUAUCACGCCCGUUUAAAAAAAGAAACUUCAAAGCAGGAGAUAUAAUGAUAUAUGAAGGAAAAACGGACGUUGACUGAAAAAAUAGAAAUUGUAGCAUCAUAACGUUAAUCAUCGACGUUAUAUAAAUUAAUAAAAUUACUGACUGAUUAUUUUCCAUAAUAUAAGUAUCAUGUCCAAAUAAUCGAAUAAUUUUUAAUAGAUUUUUUUACAUAUAGAUAUAUGAGUAAUAAUAAAUCCGCAAACAUGAAAAAAUACUUAAUCAAGAAAAAUAUCAAUUCCAGCUACUCAAUUUUUGUUAGUUGAAUAUAACAAUAAUAAUUAUUGAAUUCCAUUCGCAUAUUAUAUAUGUACAUGUAUAUACAUAUAUAUACACAUAC